AUGGUUGCUGCAGCGGGAGCAUGGCUUCUUUGCCUCUCUCUUGCCAGCCUGGCCCAAGUCACGGCAGCGACAACAUCCUCAAGCCACGGCGCUUCCGUAUCCUGCCCUGACUCCAAUAGCUUCGACAGCUCCCAUUCUGCCGCUGAUUUCCAGUCCAGAGCUGUCUGGCCCCGCGGUCUUAACUCUACAGCACAAGACGCAGCAGGCCUGGCCGAAGCCCUCAAGCUGGUCCAAGACGCCUCUAAGCAGCAGGGCGACUACAAUGCACACCGUGUCGCUAACCCUAAGCGCAACGAGGAAAUAUCUAGGGACUCGCCAGCUGCACAAGCAGCGCGCGGUAAGCGAGCAGCCAGCGCUGGCCCGCCCGCCCCGACGCUGACGCCCGCCCUGCGCAAGGCCGCUGCUCUCGUCGCCGAACACCAGGCCAAGCUCAACGCCAACAAGACGGGGCUCGACUACCCACAGCCCAAGUACCUCAAGUCCAAGCCGCAAGCGGGCAGCAGCAGUAGCAGCAAUAGCUUGAAGGCGCGCGUCUCGACGCCGUACUGGCUGCAGGACAUUAAGCACACCGGCUUGGCGCCUAUGGGAUCCAACAGCACGUGGCCGGUGUUUCGCGACGUGACGGAUCCCAUUUUUGCCGGUGGCGCAAAGGGAGAUGGCGUCCACGACGAUACCGAGGCCAUCAAUGCUGCUAUUUCUUACGGUGGCAACUGCGGCGAGGGCUGCCUCUCGUCAUCCGUCAAGGGCACCCUCAUUUACUUCCCGCCAGGAAAGUAUCUCAUUUCUACGCCCAUCAAUGCCAUGUACUACUCUCAGCUCGUCGGAAACCCCAACGAUGUGCCCAAGAUCAUUACCAGCAAGGACUUUGUCGGGCUUGGUGCCAUCCAGAGCGACGUCUACAUCCCUAACCAGAGCGGUGGCGAAUGGUACAUUGAGCAGUCCAACUUUUACCGCCAGGUGCGCAACCUUAUCGUCGACAUCAGGCAGACGGCGACAGAUAAGGCGGCCGCGUUCCACUGGCAGGUUGCCCAGGCCACGUCCAUGACUAACGUUCACAUCUACGCCUCCUCUGACGCGGGCAGCACGCAGAUGGGCCUGUUUACCGAGAACGGCAGCGGUGGCUUCAUGUCCGACGUCUUUAUCAGUGGCGGCAAAUACGGCAUCUACGGCGGUAACCAGCAGUACACAGUGCGCGAUUUUGAGAUAUCUGGGCAGACGGACAGCUGCAUCGCCCUCAUUUGGGACUGGGGCUGGACCUGGUAUGGGCUCUACCUCUCGGGGGCGCCCACCGGCUUCAGUCUGCUCAGCCCGGAGCCAGACGGCGCCUCCACAACGCCUACGGGCUCCAUCUACGUCAUGGACUCGCUGUUUCAGACAAAGACGGGCAUCAAGACAAGUCUGCUCAAAAAAGAUAUCAAGGAGUCGACCAUCAUCCAGCUCGAUAACAUCCACAUGGCGCAGGUAGACACCAUGAUCAGCGCCACCGACGGCUCUGCUGUGCAGCUUCCGCCCGGAGACAACAUUGACCACGUCGUAGUCGGCAACGUCAAGAUUGGCGGCCAGGCAAUGGGCAACUACAGUGUCGACGUGGAUGCCCCGUCCCAAAACCUCCUCAACCAGUUUGCGACCAUGUACGUCAGGAAGCCCUACUUUAUCAAGAAGCGUCCGCAGUACGAGGACAUGGGCCUCGGCGACAUAAUCAACGUCAAGGACCAUGGCGCCAAGGGCGACGGCGUCACUGAUGAUACGGUCGCUAUCAACACCGUCAUGGGCAUGGCCUCGGCCAAAAAGCUAAUCUACUUCCCUGCCGGCUCCUACAUUGUCACGGGUACUAUUAACGUCCCCGCCUACGCGCUUAUCACUGGUGAAGUAUGGUCGCAGAUUGUAGCUAAGGGUUCCUUCUUUAAUGAUAUAAAGAAGCCACAGCCUAUGGUCAAGGUUGGCAACGCUGGCGACCGCGGGACUGUAGAGAUUUCCGACAUGCUUUUCACGUCGAUUGGGUCUCUCCCAGGCCUUGUUCUCAUGGAGUGGAAUGUGGCUGCUAAUGACCAGGGUUCUGUAGGCAUGUUUGAUGCGCACUUUCGUGUUGGCGGAGCAUAUGGUUCAAAACUUUCUUUGGCAGACUGCCCUAAGGUCACUACCAUUCCUUCUGCGUGCGUGGCUGCAUCGAUGCUACUACACGUUACGCCUAAGGCCAAUGGCUACUUUGAGAAUAUCUGGGGCUGGGUUGCCGACCACGACCUCGAUGACCCACAGAACACAAUGGUGACCGUCGCCGUCGCCCGCGGCUUCCUAAUCGAGGCUGCCGUCGGCCCUACAUGGCUGUACGGAACGGCAUCAGAGCAUAGCAUGCUAUACCAGUAUAACUUCUUCAACACAUCGAGCGUCUUUGCUGGCAUGAUCCAGACCGAGUCGCCCUACUUUCAGUACACAGAUUCAUCCUCAUCGCCAGGGCCCUUUAAGGACUCGCUCGGCGUCUUCAAUAAUGAUCCGACGUUUGCCGAAAGCUGCGGGGGAAGCGCGUUGCAGUGUGACUUCUCGUGGGCUGUCAUGUUCAACCAAGUCAGCAACGUCACUGUCGCUGGCGCCGGCCUGUACUCGUGGUUUGACGCCUACGACCAGUCUGUCUGUGUCGACGCGCAAGACUGCCAGCAGCGGCUUAUCUUUAACCAAGGCGAUAACGGCGGGCUUUGGAUCUUUAACCUAGUAACGAUUGGCGCUGUCGAGAUGAUUAGCGACGCUGAUGGCGCUAUCGAGGAGGCCAAGCCUAACACACAGGCUAACGCCCAUCCCUUCUGGAGCGCUUUGGCGGUCUGGGGGGACGCGAGCGCCCGCAACGUUAUCGUCUGCGACGACGAGACGCCCGGCUGCACCGGCCAACCUAUUUGCGAUCUCACAAAGGACUUUGAUGACAUGGAAGCUUUGGUCGCAGCGCAGGGCUCCUUCCCGGACGAGUGCGCGGCAUACUACGUCGUUCCUACGCUGGCCAACAGUCUCGAAACGUCCCUGGCCGCGUAUGACGACGCCAACAAGGGUUAUGACGAUGUCUGGGACGACUACGCCGGGGCCUUCCGCGACUCGACCGACGCGGUCAUCCAAAAGUUUGUUUCUCAGCCUGCGACCAGAGACGACACAGGCGGCCCGGGCAACAAGUACUUUGACUGCACCAUCACACUGGAUGGGCAAGACACGACCAAGCAGUGUCCCUUUAGCUUCCUGGACCUAUCCUUUUACGACACAUUUGACAUGAAGUACACGCUACGUGAUGCCAACGGCUUCUACGAUGAGCUCAACAAGACAUAUAGUAUCCCCAAGGACUGGGUCACGUUUGUGGACCACGACUUUGGCGGCAACGGGUGCAUCGGUGGCGCCGGCGGCGCCGGAGGAUUCCAUCCCGGAAACGGAAUAGGCAACCCCAAUAAGCGUCGUGACAUCGCUUCAGCUUCAGGUGGAGAUGGCCAUAAACCUGACGGCGACGAGGCAAGUACGCACAAGCACAAGCUGCAGAAGCGCUGCGGCCACGUUGGCGAGCGCCGCUUCUCUUUCCCUGGCGCUAAGUCCACUUUUGACGUGCCCAACCCCAAGACAGUCAUCGUCAACUCGAAGCCCAAGAUGUACGACCUGGACAACCAGCUGCGUGCGCGUCAAUUCCAGUUGGGGCUGGGCGAGUACAACGGCAGCAUCAGCGACAUUGGCCAGGCGCUGAGUCUGCCCGUCUUCAUGAUGGCGCAGUCGAUCGAGUCGAUGAAGACGGCCAAGGCGAUGGGCCAGAGGAUUCGCAAACAAAAGCACGACGCCUUCAUCGAGGAGAUCCUCGGCAUCGUCUUCAUGUUUAUACCCUUCAUUGACGAGUUCACGCCCGAGCUCCUUUUCUUUAAGGGUAUGGCCACGGGGCUCGGAUUUCUCGGCAACACGGCCCUCGGCAUCAAAGACAUGAUUGAGCACCCGGAAAACGCCUUUAUGGACAUCAUCGGUAUCGUCACCGACGCCGCCUUUCUCAAAACAAGCAAGGGCUACAAAGAUGCCGCGGCGGCCAGGCGCGGCAUGGAUGCCGCGCUAAUUAAAAAAUCGGGCAAGACGAUCAAGCAGCUCGACGAUAAGAUGCAGGACUUUUUAGGCAAGACGUGCUCCAAGUAA